AUGGAAUUAACGCGAGAAAAUGUUCGUGCGAUGAUUUAUCACAACUUUCGGCGUGGAUUAUCAGAACAAGAGUGUAUUGAUCAACUUACUCCCACAUUCGGUGAUACAAAUCCAUCUUUUACCACUGUGAAACACUGCUACUGGUACAAUGAUUUCAAUCGUGGCUGCAGCUCGCUCACGCAGUUUGAACGAAGUUUACGAAAUUCAGGAAGAUCGUCCAAAUUCAGUUGUUCAGUUGUUCUGACAGAAAACAUUGAUGUUCUGCAAAAACUGAUACUUGUAAUGCAAGAUCGUCAUGUGACAUACUGUGAGAUUGAGGCAUUGAUAAACUCUAGGCAUUAG